AUGGAUAUAGGCAUGGGAAGCGAGAAAGCCGGUGCGGAGAUUCAGUAUGGGUCCAGCUUCCAGUCCAACCGGAGCGGGCAGACGGUCACCUAUCUGGGCAAGUUUGCUUUCGACACGCCGCCUUCGGGCGGCAUCGGUGGCUCCGGCUGGUGUUCCGACAACAACAUCAUCAGCCUCGUCAGCGCGGGAAUCCUCGGCGUCUCUCCGUCGCCCGGCACGGUAAGCGCCCAGACGCCGUCCUCGGCGGCCAGCAUGGGAGGACAGAACUCCGACAUGGAGCAGGUUUACGGCCCGCCGCUGCCCGCCUACUCCACCUGCGGUGACCUAUACCAGGACCAGGUGUCCUUCCACCACAGUCCUGCCACCAGCACAGCUCUGGCUUACCCCCCCAAUGACUAUCACUCCACGUCCAAAGCCUCCAUGGACGGCAGCCUUUUUUCCAUGAUCCCAGACUACAACCUCUUCCAUCACCAGGGGGAAGUUAGCGUGAUGGAGCACAAACCCUUUCAGACUAUGGACCCCAUCCGGGUCAACCCUCCGCCCAUCACUCCCCUGGAAACAAUCCGAGCGUUCAAAGACAAGCAGCAGAUCCACCCGGGUUUCAUCGGCGGGCAGCAGCACGGCGCCGCUCACCACCCUCCUCCGCAGACUCUCACGCUAAAACCCAUCCGACCGCGGAAGUACCCCAACCGCCCCAGCAAAACGCCCGUACACGAACGUCCGCACGCCUGCCCGGCGGAGAACUGCGACCGGCGCUUCUCCCGCUCAGACGAGCUGACGCGGCACCUGCGCAUUCACACGGGCCACAAGCCCUUCCAGUGCCGGAUAUGCAUGCGCUCCUUCAGCCGCAGCGACCACCUGACCACGCACAUCCGCACGCACACCGGCGAAAAGCCCUUCUCCUGUGAGUUUUGCGGGCGCAAGUUCGCCCGGAGCGACGAGCGAAAGAGACACGCUAAGGUUCACCUGAAACAGAAGGACAAGAAACCGUCCGACAAGGGCAACGGAGUGGUCGGGAGCCACAGUUCUCCACCCAGCUCCUGCGGGGGGCCCACCAUGGGGCCCUCGUGACCAUCACUACCUGCACCGGGACUGGAGUCUGCCCUUUACACAGACUCAGUACAAUGGGGCCGCGUCCAUUAUUAGAAAAGCAAAAGGUGAUUCUUCCUCUCCCCACGCCGUCGGUUGAAGUAAGAGGGGGGAGGCCGCGGUGCCAACGGAAGCCAAUCUUAGCAAAUUCCGUCCCUCCGUGCAUCUACGCUGGCUUUGCUCUGGUUUCCACUUUUGUACAUUUCUUAACUGAGAGCAAACCAGACUCUAUCAUGACGACCGAAAUAGACAAAGUAAAUCGUAAGAGAGGAGCAAAGUGAAAGAAAGGGUGAGUUGUCUGGGAUGUAUGCAUUUGUUUUAUUAGGCUGUUGAAAAGUGCAAUUUGUGUACAAUGUUUGUGGACCGUCAUGGACACCUUAUUAGUGGCACUUGUCUUAUUAUGAUUAUUUUCAUUUUGUUAUGGUGUGGUGUUAUUUUUUUUCAAUUUCAAUGUUGUUUUCUCCUAUGAAUGUGCCAAAUCUAUCGUGGUAACUCAGCCAACCUUGUUCUUCUUCUUAUCGUGCCUGACAUUUGCCAAGCAUCACACGAAUGAGCUCUGCUUCUAUGUGGGGUCCAAAGAAAGACCAGACUCCAACCUAUUUCCCAUUCUAGUCCGACUAAGUCCAAAUACUGAAUGCUCCUGGAUUGGGCUAAUAUGACAUGGCUGCGUGCCAACACGAUAUUCCUCAUGCGAAAAACCUCUUUAUCAUGUUUCAUACUUUUUAUUGCACAACAACUUUGCUUCUCUAAGGUGGCUUUACGUCAAACUUUCCCCAAUACUGUCCAUUCCUAGUUUCUCCAAUUACAUGAUGUCAAAGUAUUCACUAACGGAGAGACGACUACACAUAAGUUGCAUACUAAUGUGUAACAGGUUGGAAGGAUCUUUCUUUGUACUUCCCAGUAGUAUCUGCAUACACUUUACAUUUAAUGGCUGGAGAAUCCAAAAGAUGGGCAGCUAAUAUACGAUUAAAAUAACAUUCAAUAUCCAAAACAUAAAGACUGAGUUAACAACAAAGGUGUUUCUUGUUUUUGUGCCAUGUUUCAAAUUUGUAUGCAAGUUGCUACAGUAUGUUAUGCGCUCAAAUGCACCAUAGGUGGUUAUAUUUGUACAUAUAUGUGCAUGCCACGAUGCACAAUAUGUAAAUACAAAAAAAAAUAUCUGCAUUAAUUAAAGGAGAACAUUUGUACUGAAUGCUUGUGGAGGAUAUGUUUUACAAUUUAAAAAGAAAAAAAAAAUUGGAGCAUUAAAACUCCACCAAAUAAGAUUUCAUUUUAGCAAUUGCACCAUCCCUGAAGUGGUUAACUUUUGCUUCCACGUUCGCUGAGCAUAAAUGACUGCAUAGUUGCUUCAACUGUUGCAUAAAGCCCACAUUUUUCUCGAGUGGUUUUACAGUAUUUCGACCAUUGUACUGAAAGGAGGUGAAAACGCAGCGCUUUCUUCUUAAAAAUCUGCUUGGGCCCCAAAACAAUCCCAGUUGGGGACAGCUUGCCUUCACUUCCGUCCCUUUUCAAAAGCUGACCCUUUUUCGUCAUGAUGCUAAGCAUCUAAAAUAGCAUACUCGGAAUUGAAAAGUAUAGAUUGGAAGCCAACGUAAGUUAUCAAAAGCCACGAGAUGUCAACUAAUCUUCCAGACAAGUGAUCUGAGGUUUUUCAUUACUCUUAAUGUGCA